UGAUUAACCUGUUUUUAUUUUAUUUUUUGUUAUUGCGAACCUGGCUGCCUCUGCGGGGAGGUGUUUCAGCCAGACCAGCCGCUCUGCUUGGUGGUGGAGGAGCUGAGUGCGGUUCCUCCAUCUGAGAGACCAACAAAGGCCAAAAAAAACAGACUGCAGAAGUAAAUAAGACACUGACUUUCCAAAACAAUAAAGUACCCACUUCAGUUAAUGUCCUGCAUUCACCGCUGGGGGAAGCACUGCUGUUUUUUAGGGAAGACUUAGACCUAGUCACCAGCUAACUAGGUUUCCCCUUCACGAUAAAGAGAGGCUGGAGAAAUGGCUGCGGAAUAUGAAGCGAGACGCGUGGAUGCCCAGUAAGCACCAGCUUCUGUGCAGCGAUCACUUCACGCCCGACUCCCUGGAGGUGCGCUGGGGCAUUCGGUACCUGAAGCACACCGCUGUCCCAACCAUUUUCCCUGCCCCAGGGGAUGAGGAAAAAGACUCUUCUAAGCACAAACCACAAGAGCUGCAGAGAGAUCAGGAAGAAACAAGUGCAAAUGCAGAGUCAGAUAAAGUAUCUGUAUCGCUUGAACCUUGUACACCAAAGAAAAAUCUUGGAGUUGCAGAAAAUACAGAUGAAAAAGCAGAAGUAGUUUGCUCAACUGCACUGAGUAAACCUCUGCAAAUGGAAAAACUACAACUUCAAAACAGAGAAGACUUUCAAGCAGACAGCCUGAUUCUUCAUAAUUCAUCUAAACAGCCCAUAAAUCAGUCUACACACAUUUUAAUGACAGCAGCAGUGCAGAACAUGGAAUCUACCAGUGUUCAUGAUUCUGUAGAAAAUCCAGUAAGUUGUACAGCUACAGUCUUGCAACUUGCAGACUCCGAGUACUUGAAUUCACCUACGAUAUUGAAAGGUGCUUUAGGUUCAAUUACUGCCUAUCCAAUUGAAAAUGCUAACUGUCAUCUUGCAGGCUGCUCUGUGGAAGUACAGCCAGCAAGUGACAAUGCCAUUUUAGUCAGUACAGUCGCACAAACUAUUGAACAGUUUAAUGGAAGUGAAGAAUCUGUCAUUGCUAUCAUUGUACCAGCUGAGAGUCCUGAAGAGCCUGAAAUACCAAAUGGCUCUUUCGGGCCCAUUAAGCAGGAUUUUCUUGACAUGGAACAAACAGAAAUAGGAACAGAAAAAUCUACAUUAAUGAAUGCAUGUAGUGGGAUUGAAGUGUUGCAAACUGAACACUCGUACUGCAAACAAGACCUAGACAGAGAUCACCUUUGGCAAAAAAUUUCGAAACUCCACUCUAAGGUAAGUUUGCUGGAAAUGCAGGAGACAGAAACUUUGGGAAGACUCGGAUCCCUGGAAGCUCUUAUUGGACAACUGAAGCCAGAAAACCUGCUUUCCGAAGAAAAGCUCAAGAUAGUAGAAAACUGUUUCACAACACUUGAAGUCACUAUGAUACAGUAAAGGCUUUAAAUUAUUGUCCUAAAAUACUUUUUUUAGUCUCUGAUUUCUCUUUUGUACAAGUUAACUUUUGUUUCAGUGAUGAUGUUUUAAGAAUCUGAUGCAAUUUGUGUGAACAGCAGGUAUUCUUAAAAAUCAACCACUGCCGAAGCUAGGUGGUAAAAUGUUGUCCUUAAAACUUAAUCUGCAAGGAAAGUUUAAAAAAAACUGCCGAAGUUUUGUUUACAGUAUAUAAAAUGGAUAAAUAAAAAUAAGCAUUUCCAGGUACAGACUUCCUGAAAGAUGUGAGCCUAGCACACAGUGCAGCAGCAGAAGGAAUAGCAUAACUGUGUAGGGUGAAUGAUUAUAAAACAAUUGUAAAAUUGAAUUAUCCUAAUGGUCUCAAAUGAGUGAGGAGGUGUGUGUCCCGUGAGGACACAAUUGCUUCUUAGUUAUUUUUUAGCAUUCAUUCUGGUUCCUUUUUUUGUAUACUUCGAUAUUACUGCAGUUGUUUCUGUAAUAAAAGAUGUGUCUG